AUGAGUUCCACCGCGCGACAAGGUGUCCCCCAGGACUACAUAGCGAAAGUCCGAUACUCGAACGCGCUCCCUCCUCCGCCAUGUCCACCAAAAUUGCUCGACAUACCCAACACAGGACUCUCCAGCGGACAGUACACUUCGGCAGGCUUUGCAUCGAGGCUUGCGCGGGAGCAGCCACUGAACAUUGAGGCGGACGCUGAAUUGGGAAUGCCCAUCGACCUGGUCGGUAUUCCGAAGGUCUUUGAUGGCGACGAGUCAGCUAUCCAGGCGAUGCCACAUCCGCCGCCACUAUGCGCUGCCGACAGAGCGCUGAUGCGACCGCCGAAUGCGCUCGGCAAGUCGACCAACAACGCUACGGGCAUCUCUUUCUUGCGACGGACGGAAUACAUUACCUCGAGCACCACGGGCAAAUCAAACUUCGAGUCGAGUAACAUGUCCAACACGAUGCGCCUGCGGAAGAAGCGGAGAGCCGCAGACACCUCCGUAGACGACCCCAUCAACAUCGCCAGACACAUCUUGAAGGGCUUCAACAUCGCAUAUCCAGCAGAUGCAUACAAUGGCCAAGACAGCACGGAGAGGUUGAGGGCAGCAGACAUCUCGCCCGAAGAGAGGCUGGCAUGGAAACAACCAAAGAACUCGAAGAACCCCAACCUCAAGCUCCUUGACUCGUACCCGCUCCUCCCAGACUGGGACGCUACGCCUGAUACCGGCGCAUACAUGAUGUUCAAAUUCAUGGCACCGCCAAUCAACGAUCCGCUCGACACCUCCUACGACUCGCGUCUCGAUGUCGCCCUGCUCCGUCCUGCCGGUCAAUCCAUCCAGGACCAAGACAUAUUCAUCCAGGAGCGCGAAGCACACAAACAGGACCCCUCAGUUCCUAUGCCCAUCCCGCGAUACCACUUCGAGUUCUUUCUUCCACCUAAUAAGGAAAAAGUGCACAGCAUAAAACGCAACUUCACAACCAACGACCCGACAAACGAGUCCGAGAUUUUGUUCGACGGCGAAGAUGAGGACGAGGAGGGCCGACCGCGAAAGUACUUCAAGUUCGAUAACAUUCGCACCUACGAGACGAAGGAGCAGGUUGGCGACUCGCACGACAUGUACGGCGACGUGCUCGCUCUUGCCCUGCACGAUCCUGAACACCACGAGGAUGCAAGUCUGCGGAACUCGAAGCUGCAGAAGGCGGCGUACUUUUAUCCUAUCAUCCAGAAGACGAGCAUCAGGCCCAGACGACCUGGCAGGGUGGACAUGGUGGAGGAAAUCCAAAAAGUGGAUGUCAUCGAGGCGGCAGGGAGGGAGCCGACGAACGAGCAGAGGGAUUCCUUCAGGAAACUGGCGGAACACGUCGAGGUGUAG